GGACCGGGACAAACCCAAUGGGUACCAAAGACGGCCAUCGCCGCUCCUAAACCCUUCACAGGGGAUAAGAGGGGCGAAGACCUCAACACUUGGUCGAGGGCAGUGCCGGUCUAUGUCAAGUGUAAACUUACCUUGCCACACGAGGAAGUGCUUUGUGGCUGCAUCCUACUUAGACGGUAGUGCAGCACGAUGGUUGAGCAGUUUAGUGCAACUACAGGGGUACGGUCAUGACUUCCGCGCUUGGGCAGCCCACAAAAAACUGGAGGACUUCCUCAAGAUGGUGGAAGAAAGGUGGCAUGAUCCUCAGGAGGCUCAAAAGGCCACUGAUGCGAUCUUGACACUGCACACGAGGCAGUUUAAGUCAAUAAGGGAGGCCACCGACGCUAUAGAGCGUCUGAUCUGUGUCCCUGGGGUGCGCUAUGACCCCCAGGUUUUACUCACCUCCUACCUGAGAUGCUUUCCAAUGCGUCUCAGGAAUCAGUUGGCAGGUGAGGCCAACAUCAAUGUUCACAACUUCCCCUCGUUUAGCAAGAAGGCCCUAGACCUUGAGGCGAAGAUAGGGCAUGGACAUAAUCCCACAACGGAUGGUAAGAAGAAGACACUGCCUCCUAACUGGAAGGCGAAGGGCCGCAUUAUGUUUGUCGAUAACGAUGGUUCAACCAUCGAAUUAGACGACAACUUCCAGGAAGGAGUAGGUUCAGAGGCUGGCAGUGUCGAAGCUUCAGAGGGUGGAGUAGUCGCUGCCGUAGCUCAGAAAAGUAAGGUGACCGGUAGACGUCGUGGAGGUUCCCGAUCUAGGAGUCAAGUUGACCCCAAUGCUCCUCCAUGGGAGAAAGCGGGUCUCACAGAGAACGUGUGGAGAGAUCGGUAUACACGGCAGACCUGUCUUCGUUGUGGUCAAUAUGGCCAUAAUCAAUUCAAGUGCCGCAACAAGAAGGUGACCGAUAAGAUCCCGCCUACGAUGGGGCAGGCAUUGGGAUCCUCCCAUCCCGUUGGUAGCAACGUAGCUAGCGAGCCGGUGAAAAUGCCGCCGGAGAUAGAGGGAGUAGUUGCUAAGUACCCUGAUCUAUUUGAAGAGCCGACAGGGGUUGUAGAGAGGGAGGUCGUCCACGCGAUAGAGAUUAUCCCAGGGUCUAGCAUCCCGAAGGGUAGGAUCUAUCGGAUGUCUCCAGGCGAGCUCGAUGAGCUUCGCCUACAACUCAAGGAACUCGUAGAGAAGGGUUGGAUCCGGCCGAGUGUUUCUCCUUAUGGGUCUCCAGUACUAUUUGUACCUAAGAAGAAGGAGGGAACACUUAGGAUGUGCAUUGACUAUAGGGGCCUCAAUGUCAUCACUGUAAAGAACAGAGAGCCCCUACCGCGCAUCGACAAUUUGCUAGAGAGAGUGCAAGGGUGUCGGUACUUCAGUAAGAUAGAUCUUAAGUCCGGGUACCAUCAGAUUGCAAUUCGGUCCGAGGAUCAACACAAAACCGCAUUUCAGACCAGGUACGAUCUGUACGAGUUUGUGGUGAUGCCUUUCGGCCUUUGCAAUGCUCCUGGCACCUUUCAGCACGUUAUGAAUCGGAUAUUCCAUGACUACUUGGAUAAGUUUGUCAUCGUGUACCUCGAUGACAUACUUAUUUUUAGUAAGAAUGUCAAGGAGCACGUUGCGCACUUGGAAAAAGUCCUCAGUCUCCUACGACAGCACAAGUUCAAGAUCAACGGUGAGAAGUGCGAGUUUGGCCGCACCCGUGUCUUGUACUUGGGUCAUGAGAGUUCCGCAGAAGGGUUGAAGCCCGAUGACACGAAGGUGGCCAACAUUCGACAUUUUGGGUUCAAGAAGACUGCGGCUAAUUUGCUGCAGCGGUUCUGGUGGCCCACAUUGAUGAGAGAUGCAAACUUGUACGUGGAGACUUGUCAAGUCUGUCAGAGGGACAAGCCACGUACUCAGGCUCCUCUUGGGCUCCUGAAGCCCCUUCCGAUUUCGGAAAGGCCUGGUGAGAGCCUGUCCAUGGACUUCAUGGAUACGCUGGUUACCAGCAAGAGUGGAAUGCGUUACAUCUACGUCAUUGUGGAUAGGUUUAGUAAGUUUGCUAGGUUAGUUGCAACGCCGGCAACAGCUAAGACGGAGUAUGUGAUUAAGAUGUUUAAAGAGAAUUGGGUUAGAGAUUUUGCAUUGCCAAAGUCUAUCAUUAGCUACCGGGACGUGCGAUUUACCAUCGAAUUGUGGAAAGCUGCAGCUGCAGAGCAAGGCACGCAACUGCAGAUGACAUCAGCUAAUCAUCCUGAGGCGCUGAACAAAUGAACCGCGUUGUGCAACACCUGCUGAGGCAUUACAUCAAGCCAAAUCAGGUAGAUUAGGAUGAGAAACUUGCUCUCAUUGCAAGUUUGUACAAUAAUGCGGUACACAGCGCAACCGGAGUGAGUCCUAACAGCUUGCUACCGACCUUCAGACCCCGACUGCCACUAGACUUUCUAUUACCUGACAAUCAACCGAAUGCUGCACCAGGGACUUUAGAGUUUGCUUAUCGAUAUGAGCAGUUGAUGCAGCAGGCUGUUGAACAGAUGCACAAGGCCCAGACCGCGAUGAUAGAGUCUGAGAACAAACACCGCCGCCCAUC